CCCGCCCGCCCGGCCGGCCCGCGCUGGGAUGUCCAGGGCCUCCCAGGAGGGAGCGGGGCCCCGGGGGCUGCCGGCGGCGGCUGCAGCGGGCAGGGCCUGCCUGUCCAGCCUGGACCGGAAGCUGAGCGCGCUGGACGAGAAGGUGGACACACUGCUGCGCGCCCAGGAGGACGUGGCGGACAAGCUGCAGGGCGUGUGCCGGGGCCUGGACCACCUGGAGCGGGGCCUGAGCCGGCUGGAGGCCUCCCGGGGCCCGGGCCCCCCGGGGGCCGGCCCCACCCCGCCCGAGGAGCCUCCGGCCCCGAGGGGGGACGCGCAGGCCGGCUGGCCGGAGGUCCUGGGCCUGGUGCGGGCGGUGCGGCAGGAUGUGGCCCGGCAUGGCGCCCGGCUGGAGGCCCUGCUCCGGGUGGUGGCGGCCGUGGACCGGGCCAUCGCCCUGCUGGGCGCCCUGUUCCAGAACUCCGUGGUGCUGGACUUCGUCCUGCGAGGCAGUGCGCCCUGGAGGCGAGGCCGCCCGGCCCCCGGGUCCCCCGAGGUGGGUGACGCGUCCCCCGCCCGGCCCUGCUGGGGGGCCGCCCGGGCAAAACGGGAGCCCCCCGGGAACAGGGCGAACCACCGGACGGAGGCCUGUACCCACUGCGGUCCUCGCCUGCAGCUCCAGGAGCUGCGCAUCCUCUGGGUCCAGGGCCGUGACGAAGAGCGAGAGGAGGCGGCGGGAGCCCAGCCACGGCGGGCGCUGAGCGGCCGGGGCGUGCAGGCCGAGCGCCCGGGGCCGCGGGGCGAGAGCCAGAAGGCUGGCCCGCCGGAGGGCACAGCGGCGAGGCCGCCCCCGGUCUGCGUGUCAGGGAUGGGGUCUGAGGUCCCGGCCCCGCCAGAGGCCCAGCAGGAGGCCCCGCCGGAGGCCCCGCCGGAGGCCCAGCUGGAGGCCCCGCCGGAGGCCCCGCCGGAGGCCCCGCCGGAGGCCCCGCCGGAGCCGGGAGGCGGGGUCCCCGGCCCCGACCAGGCACCUGGACACCUGCCGCCCGCAGAGGCGGAAGCCACAGCUCCCGGGGCGCCUGGUGAGGCCCCCGAGCCCAGCCGGGAGGUGGCACCAGGCCCAGCACCAGGGCCAGCGGCCAGCGGUCCUGACGCUCUGCGCGCGGAGGACGGUGUGACGCUGGCCUCGGGCCCGCCUGCCGGGGCCACCGCAGCUCCCGGCGGCGAGGACACGCCUGGCAGGCUCUCCGUCCACGUGCAGGAGACGGACGUGCAGGAGGCGGACACGCCGGGGGAGCUGCGGGGCGUGCCAGGGGUCAGCCCCCGUGUGGCGUCCCCCGUGGAGGCCCCGGCCACUACCCAGCCUGGGGAGCCGGCCCUGCCUGCGCACGGGGGCCGGCCCCAGGCCCCAGGGACCGAGCCGGGGGGACACGGCGCCGCUCGGAGCAGCCACGGCGCAGCAGAGGCCGAGGGCUCGCCGGGACCCGCAGCCGGAGCCGCCCCGGGACUGAGCGGGGCCGGCGGGGGCUCGGGGGCGGACACGGGCGCGGGAGCCGGCGGCCCGGAGCCCGGGGGGGACGGCACCCCCGGGGGCCCGGGUGCAGCCGUGGCGGGGGCGCCCCAGGGAGCUGUGGCCCGCGGCCUCGUUCUGGACGACAGCCCGGCCCCGCCGGCCCCGUUCGGGCACCGGGUGGUGAGCCUGCGCGAGGCGGCGGCCGCAGCGGGCUACGCGGUGUGCCAGCAUGAGGUGCUGGGCGGGGGCCGGUUUGGCCAGGUCCACCGGUGCACGGAGCGGGCCACGGGCCUGGCGCUGGCAGCCAAGGUCAUCAAAGUGAAGAGCAGCAAGGAUCGGGAGGACGUGAAGAACGAGGUGGCCAUCAUGAACCAGCUGAGCCACACGAACCUGAUCCAGCUGUACGACGCCUUCGAGGGCAGGCACAGCUGCACGCUGGUCAUGGAGUGCGUGGACGGGGGAGAACUCUUCGACCGCAUCACGGAUGAGAAGUACCACCUGACGGAGCUGGACGUGAUCUUGUUCACCAGGCAGAUCUGCGAGGGCGUGCACUACCUCCACCAGCACUACAUCCUGCACCUGGACCUCAAGCCGGAGAACAUCCUGUGUGUCAAGCAGACCGGACACCAGAUAAAGAUCAUUGACUUCGGGCUGGCCAGAAGGUACAAGCCGCGGGAGAAGCUAAGGGUGAACUUCGGCACGCCCGAGUUCCUGGCCCCCGAGGUCAUCAACUACGAGUUCGUCUCGUUCCCCACGGACAUGUGGAGCGUGGGCGUCAUCACCUACAUGCUGCUCAGCGGCCUGUCCCCGUUCCUCGGGGAGACGGACGCCGAGACCAUGAACUUCAUUGUGAACUGCUGCUGGGACUUCGAGGCAGAGUCCUUCGAGGGGCUGUCGGAGGACGCCAAGGACUUCGUGUCCCAGCUGCUGGUCAAGGAGAAGAGCUGCAGGAUGAGCGCCACCCAGUGCCUGAAGCACGCGUGGCUGAGCGACCUGCCCGCCAAGGCGUCCCGGGCCCAGCUGCGCCUCCGGUCCCAGCUCCUGCUGCAGAAGUACCUGGCUCAGCGCAAGUGGAAGAAACACUUCCAUGUGGUGACGGCGGCCAACAGGCUCAGGAAGUUCCCCACCUGCCCCUGAUCCCAGCCCGGACGCCCUGCCCCUGAUCCCGGCCGGAAGCCCUGCCCCUAAUCCCGGCCGGAUGCCCUGCCCCUGGCCCUGGGCCCGGCCCGGACGCCCUGCCCCUGAUCCCGGCCCCUGAUCCCGGCCGGACGCCCUGUCCCUGAUCCUGGCCGGACACCCUGUCCCUGAUCCCGGCCCGGACGCCCUGCCCCUGGGCCCGGCCCAGACGCCCUGCCCCUGAUCCCGGCCCGGCCGCCCUGCCCCUGAUCCCGGCCUGACGGAGCCGUGGCCGUGAGAUACCCGGCCUCUGGCUCAGACGGACGCCGAGAACUGUGCCAGGAGGCUCUGGCGGCCCUUCCGUGGGCAGGACUGUGGCCGCCGUCGGAGCGGCUGGUGUGAAGGCUGUGUCUGCCCGUCAGGUGCACCUGCGUCGGGGCCCGUGUGGCAUGCCGUCCGUGGCAGGAGGGCGGCGUGCACGGAGGGGGGAGGAGGGGGACGGACUGCGGAGCUCGGCCGGAUUCCGGGACUCGGACCCGCACAGCGGCCGGCGGUCAGCGGUCUCCCUCGGCCCGGAAAGGCCUGCCGCUACGGUUCCCUGGGGCUGGGCCACGUUGUACUGACCGUCCGGCCCUCGCUGUGUGCAGCCACGUCGGAUCCUCUAACAGCCGAAACUGGUGUGGCUCAGUGGAUAGAGCGUUGGCCUUGGGACUGAGGGGUCUUGGGUUCGAUUCC